AUGCUGAUAUCAGUCGCAUACAUCCUUGGUCCUAUCCCUGUUCCCCUCCAGAGCAAGGAAUGUCAGAAGUCUGACUGGCCUAAACACAAGAAAAUUUGUGCCAAGGUUGUAGCCAUCGCGGCGGAACAUGCGGAGGAGGGCACAGCGGAUCGACACAAGGCGCUCGCUACCUACUGCGAGAAGCAUUUGCAGUACAUAGGCUUAUUCAGUAUCAAAGCCCUCGACAUCGUCAAUGAUCCCACCCGCUCCGAACGCGAACUUGUCGUAAUAUGGGUUCACUCCCGACCUGGACGCUGUCGCCCCGAGACUGCCUUCGUCGCUCUCGAAGCUAAUACGGCCGACCUCGAUUUAUUUGGGUCAGAAUAUGGGGACCAAUUUCGCGCCAGAAUGCGUAGCACAGCUGCGGACACCGCAAAGCUCAACAAGACCGGAUUAACGCAUUCUCUGAUAGUUGUGGUGGUGAGCCUUGACGAUAGCAUCUGGGUGUACCAUUGCGUCGAGUAUCCAUUGAAGGGACUCGGACCCCUGUUUAUGAAUGAUCCGCAGAAAGGGCCGUGGAAGGAGUCUAUGUUCCAUCUUAUGAACAAUGGUAUUGUUCGGUAG